CUUCUUAAUGUUUUAAAAAUAGCGAAAAUGAUUUUGACCCCAAAAUGAAAUAUAGUCAACCUUAAAAGCUUUUGACUCGGGUACAUUCACAAAAAGGCCCUAGGUUGCAUUUUGGCAAGAGUUUCACUUUAAUGAUAAUGAUGCAUCACUGACAACACAAUUAUUAUUUGUUCAGAAUUUUUUUAUUUCCACUGUUUCAGAUUCUACAAAUGGUUAAAGGCCGUGUUGAUUUGUGAUGACCUCUGACAUUCUGCAUGAAAAGAUUAAUCCACUUGAUGAUGGAUUAGUGGAUCAAAUGACUCUCUGAUGUCCAUAUCAAUAAAGAGGGCACAGCGGGUCAGUAAUUUGCCUGGUCGGACUUUUGCAUUGAUGAUUCAGGGAUUUUCGCUCUAUGCCCAGGAUCAAGACUCUUGGCAGCGAUGCCAGAGCGUUAAAUCCCUGCUCAUUGAAAAAACAGCUAAAGUAGGAUCUGCUAACCCUUUGAUUGAGGUUUAUAUAGCGUGGCUCUCAUCCGGCCUUGUGAGAACUCCAGUUUUUCGUAGGUAACUGGCUCCAGCACUCUUUACAGGAUGAGUAGUAAGAUCACAUUUUAUGAGGACAGAAACUUCCAGGGUCGCUCCUAUGAGUGCGACACCGACUGCCCUGACAUGCAUCCCCACUUCAGCCGCUGCAACUCCAUCAAGGUGGAGAGUGGCUGCUGGGUGCUGUAUGAGAAGCCCAACUACACCGGCUACCAGUACGUUCUGACCAGAGGGGAGUACCCAGACUACCAGCGCUGGAUGGGCUACAACGACACCAUCCGCUCCUGUCGUACUUUCUCUUAUACCAGCGAGGGCCCCUACCGCAUACGCAUCUACGAGCGCCCCAACUUCCAGGGUCAGAUGAUGGAGUUCAGUGACGACUGCGAUUCAGUGCAGGAUCAUUUCCGCAGCCGUGACAUCUACUCCUGCAACGUCAUGGAGGGCUACUGGACCCUCUACGAGCACUCCAACUACCGCGGUCGCCAGUACUUCAUGAGGCCCGGAGAGUACCGCAAGUUCAGCGACUGGGGGGCCACCUGCGCCACCACUGGGUCCUUCCGCAGAAUCACAGAUUUUUAAUCAGGAAUCUCACUCAGUUCUGUUGAUUUUAUUUGCAUUUCAGUUUCAUCCUCAUAACUUCUUUAACUUCCUCCUCUAAAAGACAUGUAUUCUUGGAACCUGGUAAUGUUGAUAAAGUAAUGUUUCUUAUGGUACAAUAGGAAGUGGGAUGUUUCAUUCGGCCAUGAUAAAGGGAUUGACCUGGCAUAUCAAUAUGAUAUUGUU